UUUGGUUUCGUCUCUAAUUCGUUAUCUUCCUUCCCUAAGAAAAAUACUGAAAUCAAAAGUUGUCUUGUAGUAGUCUUUAUAGAUCAGACGAUAAUCGAAUCCAAAGACCAAAUCUUUUUUUUUUUUUUUUGUUGUGGUUUGGUGUCUCUGACUCUGGUUUCGUCGGUCUUUGUUUCUUUUCGCCAUUUUUGUAUAUUCUGUAAACCUGAUCUGAAGCUUUUGUUUCUUUGUCAGAGAAGUUGUCAGAUGAUGAUGUUGGUCAAUGGGUAACUUUUAGUUUUGUGUAAAGGUCGAAGCUUUGGGGUGAUUCGAUUCAGGGGUUUGAUGUUGAUUUUGUGCUUUGAUUGUGUGAUAUUUUAAAGGGUUGUUGCUGAAAUUUGAAUUGGGGAUCUUUGAAUUGGGGAAGACGAAUUGAGAUCUGAGGUCAACUUUGGUUUUUUGUUCUUCUUGGGGUUAGUGUUUAAGAGAUCGAAGAAAGAAGGAAACUUUGUUUGUGAGUUUUUUGAGACGAUGGAUCGUAUAGUUGGUGGCAAGUAUAAGCUUGGACGUAAACUUGGGAGUGGUUCAUUUGGUGAACUUUUUCUAGGGGUGAAUGUUCAAACUGGUGAAGAAGUAGCUGUGAAGCUUGAACCUGCGCGGGCUAGGCAUCCUCAACUUCAUUAUGAGUCAAAGCUCUAUAUGCUUCUUCAAGGAGGGACUGGAAUUCCACACCUAAAAUGGUAUGGGGUUGAGGGUGAAUACAACUGCAUGGUGAUUGACCUUUUGGGCCCGAGCAUGGAGGAUUUAUUCAAUUAUUGCAGUCGGAGGUUCAAUCUAAAAACAGUUCUAAUGCUCGCUGAUCAGAUGAUAAAUAGAGUUGAGUAUAUGCAUGUCCGGGGAUUUCUUCAUCGGGACAUUAAGCCAGAUAACUUUUUGAUGGGUCUUGGACGCAAAGCAAACCAGGUCUACAUCAUUGACUACGGACUUGCGAAAAAGUACAGAGAUCUUCAAACUCAUAGGCACAUCCCCUACAGGGAAAACAAGAAUCUUACUGGAACAGCUAGAUAUGCAAGUGUUAACACUCAUCUUGGAAUUGAGCAAAGUAGGAGGGACGAUCUGGAAUCUCUUGGCUACGUGCUUAUGUAUUUUCUUCGAGGAAGUCUUCCUUGGCAAGGCCUUCGAGCGGGUACCAAAAAGCAGAAGUACGACAAGAUCAGUGAAAAGAAAAGGCUUACACCUGUAGAGGUUCUUUGUAAAUCCUUUCCACCUGAGUUCACAUCAUACUUCCUCUAUGUACGAUCAUUGCGGUUUGAAGACAAACCAGAUUAUCCAUACCUAAAGAGGCUUUUCAGGGAUCUCUUCAUUCGAGAAGGUUAUCAGUUUGACUAUGUAUUUGAUUGGACAAUCUUGAAGUAUCCACAGUUCAGUUCCGGCUCCAGCUCGAGCUCCAAGCCAAGAUCAAGCCUGAGACCAGCUCUGAAUCCUCCAGUACCAACUGCCGAAAGACCAGAUAAACCUUCAGCUGGAGCUGGGCAAGACAGUCGCGAUAGAUUUUCGGGUGCCUUGGAGGCAUAUGCUAGAAGAAAUGGCUCAGGAAGUGGCGCUGUUCAAGCUGAUCGAUCUAGACCAAGAACCUCAGAGAAUGUAUUAGCGUCAUCGAAGGAUUCAACACCGCAAAACUAUGAGAGAGUCGAAAGACCAAUCUCUUCAACAAGACACGCAAGUUCUUCAAGAAAAGCCGUUGUCUCGAGUGUUAGAGCCACUUCUUCAGCUGAUUUCACAGAGAACCGCUCUAGCAGAGUUAUCCCAAACAAUGGCCGUUCCUCAACCGCUCAGAGGACUCAGCUUGUUCCUGAUCCGACCUCUAGACCAUCUUCGUCUUCUUUUGCCCGAGCUGCGCCGUCAAGGACUGCUCGUGAUAUCACGCUCCAGAGCUUUGAGCUACUCACCAUAGGGAAUGGGAAGAGGAAGUGAGGCUUUUUUACACGGUAACACGGUGGUGAAUGAGAGUGGAAGAAACUACGACAUUUUUAUGGAUACUUUGUUCUUAUUUUCACGAAAUUAUCGGUUUCCUAAUUUAAGGAAUAAAUCGAACAUCACUUGAUUACAAAUUAUAUGUGAUAAAGUAUAUGGUUUUAACUCGUUAAGCUAUGCACUAAA